AUAGACAACAAACUAAUCAACAAAUGAAUACAAGUGAUUGUUCACAUUGAAUUUCGUCGAUCCUUUUCUACCUGAAACAAAAUUUAAACAACUAAUAAAUAGAAAAAACCAACGCGGGUGUCGAUAGAAGACGAAAAAAGGAGAAGAGUAGUGACCGAUUUCCAACCAAACUCUUGCUGGACUACAAAAUGGCUAGUGCUAACGGGUUCAUUUGUAGCUGCCUCGUCAUUUUGCUGUCCAGUUUCUUCAUCAUCAUGCUCCACCAGAUUUCUGCUGUUACGGCAGCGGAAUCAUCGUUUACCAAAAUUUCCACAGAUGUAGAUAACAACAAGCAAGUCGUCGUCGUGGCUGCUGGAACAGCUCAUCCACGAUCUCUGACCGCUCCCCUUUCGUCUAGCGGCGUGGCAGUCGAGUUGGAGGAGCUCCUUCCUGAGACGAUGGAAAACGGCACCACCAAUCAUAUGAUCAUCUUACAGGGCGAAACCGUCCUCCUCCCGUGCAAGGCCUACAGCCUCGGACAGCGAACGGAGAAGAGUAGUGACCGAUUUCCAACCAAACUCUUACUGGACUACAAAAUGGCUGGUGCUAACGGGUUCAUUUGUAGCUGCCUCGUCAUUUUGCUGUCCAGUUUCUUCAUCAUCAUGCUCCACCAGAUUUCUGCUGUUACGGCAGCGGAACCCUCGUUUACCAAAAUAUCCACAGAUGUUGAUAACAACAAGCAAGUCGUCGUCGUGGCUGCUGGAACAGCUCAUCCACGAACGUUGACCGCUCCCCUUUCGUCUAGUGGCGUGGCCGUCGAGUUGGAGGAGCUCCUUCCUGAGACGAUGGAAAACGGCACCACCAAUCACAUGAUCAUCUUACAGGGCGAGACCGUCCUCCUUCCGUGCAAGGCCUACAGCCUCGGACAGCGAACGGUUUCGUGGAUUCGGCGGAGAGAUUGGCACAUCAUGUCGUCCGGCAGUCACAUCUACACGGCCGACAGCCGUUUCAGCGUCCUCAACCGGCCCGGCUCACCCGACUGGAUUCUGAUGCUCAAAUCGCCGCAACUCUACGAUUCCGGCACCUAUGAAUGUCAGAUAGCGGGCGGACAGGGACAAGUUUCGCACUUUGUCGAACUUUUAGUCUGGGCGCCGGUAGCGUCGGUCGUCGAGGGCAGUGAGCACCACGUCGAAGCCGAGAGCAACAUCCAACUGCAUUGCAAACUCUACCCAGAAGCCAACAAUUUCCAUAUUAACAACAGCAACGAGACCAACCGGGAACAGACGGCACUUCACCAGUUGUCGUUACCCGCGCAGGUGGUGGGUGGCAGAGCGCCGUUCGUUUGGUUUCACAACGGCCGGCCGCUGAUUCACGGCGGGAAAUCGUCGGCCGGUUUGGGGUUGGUGUCCAUUUACCUGGAAGAUGUUGCUGAAUCCAUCGCCGGCAAAAGCGACUGGAUGGCGUGGACGAGCCGUUUGGUGAUCCAGCGAGCAGAUCCAGCCGAUUCCGGCAACUAUACCUGUGCACCGUGGAGAGGAAAAUCCGCAUCAGUCAACGUCUUCGUUUCACAAGUGCGUCUACCAUUUCCGUUGGCAUCUGAAAUUGACGGGGACAAACAAAAAUUGCUGAUGGAAUUGUUUCGUGCUUCCCCACUGAUGGCUAUCAAUUCCCAACAACAAAACAUUCCCUACAAAAAACUAUUAUGUGGAAAGUAGGAGCCUGUCAAAUUCAUGCAAUGGCAAUUUUCUUGAAUAGAUUUAGAAUUCGAAGUAAACUGAAAUCCAUUGGCCAUUGGGUUACGUGUUUCUUAGUUUACUUAGUUUGUCUUACCUUUUUGAUUCAUUCACGGAGGUGAAAACGGGCGCCAAUAAGUUGAACAUUCAAAUUCUCUCUGCUAAGAAAGCGUAAAAAAGACUAGGGCGACUUCUCGCUGGAAUCCACUGCCAUCUUUCCUUGUCUCUUACAAAUAACAACGCCGAUUAAGCAAAUAAAUUCUAUAACGUAUAAAGUUGUCUGCUGCACAAAAUAUUCUGCAUGGCCACUUACUCGUGUGCCGGUUAAGAAGGAAAAGUUGCCAGAUACCUGGAAAAGGGCCGUCUGCGUUCUCACGCCAUCUGGUCGUCGCCGUCUUUUGUGCCGAUGUAAUUAUGGAUGUCGUGACGCCGACAGCAGCUCUUUUAAAUAACGUCCAGGUGUAUAACAUACAACAUGUACGACCGUUUCUGAUUGAUCGCCAUUGUGAAUGAAAAGCAAUUACGCGGUUCAAUCCUCCCCACUGUUUCCAAAUCGGAUUGCAUUUCCAUUUACUUGCGCAACUGAAAACGGGCCAGCAAACUCUUGACAAUCGCAAACAGAAACGACAAGUUUUCGAUCGAGUCUCUCCUCCAAGGAAGACGGGACGAAGGAAAG